CGAAUGCAUGAACUUGUGCAAAUGUAAAAGGAUUUGAAGCAUUUGAAAAUUUAAAAGCUUGCAGUUUUUUCUAGAGUUUUAAGAAAAAAUUUUUAGGCGUUACCAAAAAAACGUAGGUGUUAUUGAAAUUUCGCGGCUUUCCGGGAGGGGGAGCCGAACAGUGAGAGCGGAUGAGAUAUGAUAAGGUUGCGGUGUUUCGUAUAUACGCGUGGACGUGACAGGCGACGAUAAAAUUGGGAUUUCCCAUUUUUCUAAUGUGCUGGUACAAUUAAUUUUGCAACAUCAUUUAAUAGUAUAAAAGAAAUAUCCGAUUCGUAGAAAAUGGAUUUUUCCGUUGAAAAAAAUAGUCGGUGAAUGACAACGGAUUAAUAAUUAUAUUCGAUGAUCGUGUCGUAACAGCUGACUGAUAAACGUGUGAAGUGCGGAACGACAGAUGUCACAUUUUACGCUAAAGCUUGUGAAAAAAACUUCGCGCCCAAACACGCGGUUUAUUUAGUAAUUUAUUUCGGUCGUAAUAGCCUACAAAAUCAUGGAAAAAAUGACGAGGAAAGAGGCCGCGGAUAAGCAAAGGGAAAAGAUUCAAUCGAAUCAACGUAACGAAUCUUUGGUUGUUGACAGUCCAGAGAAUUCUCCGAGCAAGGACGUUUCUGGUACAAACAAAAAUAAUGUUGAUGGGAAAGGAAAAAAUAGAUCCGAAGGUUCCAGACGAGCAGAAACAGCAGAAGAAUUAAAAGUGCAGCUCAAUGUACUGAUGAAUUCCUUGGCAACCUUGUCCGCAGAAAAAUCAAGGAUGGAAGCCAAUUUUUUGGCUGAUAAAAAACAGAUGAGAACUGAAAGAGACGAGUGCGAAAAGCAGUUGAGAGAACUGAAGGAUAAAUUGAAGCGAUCUCAGAAUCACACACAUUCGGAAGUGGAACAUAUCAAAUACAGGCUAAUAAUGGAGCGUCAUGAGAGAGAAAAAGAGCAGGCGGACAAUUCUGCAAUGAUAAAAGAACUUCAGAGGUUGAUCACAGAUGAAAGACGAGCCAAAGAAAACUUUGAGCAGCAAGUUAAGGAGCUGAAAAAUCAAUCCGCGAGUAAAACACAGAACAAGAUACUCGAAGCGGAGCUUGAAAUGGCAAAUAAUAAGUUGAAGCAGGCAGAAGCCGCUGUCAAAGAAACUCCACCGGUCUUGUUGUCCCUGCAGUCGGAAAUAUCUGCUUUGAAAAAGCAACAUCGUCAUGCCAUUCAUGAGGAAAGAAAACGAGUCGCUGCAGCAGAGCAGCAGGCAAAAGCUUUGGAAAUGGCUCAUGAAACUCGAGUCGCAGGAUUGGAGGCCCGACUCGCAGAACUUUCUGAGACGGUCGGUGGUUAUGAUCGACUCCGUCAGCAAGAUCAGCACGCUAUACAAAAACUGAAAGAUCAAUUAGCCGGGUUGGAGGACUCGGGACGAAAAGAAUUUGGAAAUUGUGAAACUGUUCAAGACGCUACCAGGCUUACGACAAAAAUACGAGAGUUAUAUGCACAAUUAUUGGAUAUGGAUAACAAAAAAUCUAGUAACUCGGAAAAUGUUCAAGCAUUGUUGAAGAGUCUGAACUUAUGCGAUGAGAAUCGCGACCUCGAGUACAAGGAAAAAUACGAGUCAUUGGAACAAGAGUUCGAGACGUACAAGCAGCAAAUGACGUUGAAAUUAGAAAGCCUGUCUGCGAGCAAUAACCAAUCGAAUCCGUCGAACCGAACGAGUCUGAUAGAAUCUCACAAGUCGAAGUCAGACACGACGGAACUGAAUUUAGCGAAAACGUACAGUAGAAAUUUGGAGGAAAGAAUACGAAGCUUGAAUCGUGAAGCGAUAAGCAAGGAAAAAGAUUUGAAGGUAAAAUUGGAGCAGCAGCAGGCGCAAUUUCAGGAAGAACGUGUCAAGUUUGAGCGCAUGUUGGCACAAAAAGAUAACGAGUACCGAGGCAAGGUUGCUGCUUUGGAACAUCAACUUCUGCGACAGCGAGAACGGUCUCUGGCCCUCGUCGAAGAAAAAGACCAAGAAAUCUCGACCUUAAAGGCUUCGUUCCAUACGAUCCUCACGAAAAAAGGUGCUAUCGGAUCUUCGGAUGUUGGUCGCAAAUUGUCAGUCUCGGAUCAAACGGUCGAGCCGAGUGCCGACUACGUCACCGCUUUACUGUCUGUAGACAGCUCUCCGAUGCUUCAUUAUUCUCAAGAAUUGGCACGUCGAGAUAAACAAGUUUCGGGAUUGAGAAAAAAGAAUAGCGAAUUGGAAACUUCCGUUAGAGAAAUUCACAGAGAACAAUUGCACGCUGCCGAAAAGCACAAGGACGAAAUAGCCGCUCUUCAAUCUAAGAUCACGAGAUUGGAAGCUUGCAAAUCUCGAGAAGGAGCAAAUUUGGAGUACUUGAAAAACGUAUUCGUUAAUUUUCUAACGAACAAUGAUUCCGGGAGUAAGCGACACAUGUUGAACGCCAUAUCGACGGUCCUUCGGUUCACUCCAGACGAAAUGGAAAAAAUUCAGCGAGCCAAGUGACGUUAAAGUUCGAGUCUGACAUAAAGCUAAAUUCAUGGCGAUUCUUUUCGACUGGAACCUUUUUUUCAAGCCGCUUCUGCCGUGUAAGGCAAUUUGUGCAAAAGCACUCUGGAAUUUCCAUCCAAAGUCUCGGUGAAGAAACAUACGUAUGCUAUUCAAAGUUUUCAGCUUUGUCAUGCAACGAAUUUAUUUCGUUGGAUCUUGAGAGAACAUUCGAAAUAAAAGAGCUCGACUGAUUCGCGUACGUUCAGUAGGCGAAAAUUUAAGCAAAAAACAAAUAUAGUUGCAUUCCAAAGCUGCAAGCUCAAUGAAGUGAUCGCCUGCAGUUUAUAUUCGCGUUUUAGACAUGGCUUUACAAAUAAACGGCUGUAAUUUAUAUCGUUAUAAAUUUUUAGCUUGAAAAAAGCAUGCAGCGUUUUGGCUCGCUCAUUAAAAUAGUCGCUCAAUGAAAAUAGACUUACCUGCGCUGGCGUCAGUCGUGAUUUAAAACGUGCGAAAGUCAUUUGUAAAUGAAUCCAUCGCCAGAGCUCCUUCGAGGAUCCUACGCUUUGUACAUAAACGAGGAGUAUAAUUUUUUGUACUAAAGAAAAAAGCUGGUAUUCGCUAGUCCAAGUAUUUAAAACGAGAAAUCAAUAACCAAGCUAAUUCGUCCAAUAACUUAAAGUGCAAAGAAGAUUUCGUUAUCGAAUUAUCGAUCGACGAUACAUCAUCGAUAUUAAACGCAAAACACACACACACACACACACACGAGAUAUUUAUAAUUGUGCAUUUUGAAUUUAUUACAUCAAUAUCUUUACAUAUGGAGUUAUUACGUUGUUUGGCAUUGAAAAAAUAUUCUCAAGCAACAAUCUCGUGGGUUAUACAUGAUGCUACUUUUGCGUGCACUCUCGAUAUAUAUAUAUAAAUAGAUAUAUAUAUUUAUAUAUAUAUGAAUACGUUGAGUUCCUCUAUUCUUAUGAGUAAUAAAACGAUCUACAAUAAACUCAAAAGUUCAUUUGCAUUGUAGUCACAAUUCGAUCAUCACUAUAGCCAGUGUACUAUUUACAAAUUUGAUAGUUAUAUGGCUUCAGUCGCGAAGUUGUAAAUGAGGAAAAAAAAGCAGCAAAUAACCAGACAUAAUGUGCAAUUUUUAUGAUGAAUUUUGCAUCGUCGGUGGAAAAUUGAUUCUUGUUUGUAAAAAUUAAGUAUUUUUGACGGAGAAGAAGCAGGAAGUAUUUGAGCAACUAUCACUGUUCGAGUGGUUUGAAGCAAAUUGGAAAAAAAGCAUGAAAUUUAUUCGGGAGCCACGAUGCAGAAAUCAGCAUGAAAUUUCGUUGACGGGGAGGCGUCGUGAAAGCCUGCUCGAAAUACAAAUAGCAUCGUUCCUUAUCGAAUAAACCAUCGAGCCAGGACAUUUACAUGUUCUGAUAGAGCGUAGUUGGUGCUCGGUGAAAAUUAGUCGCGAUAAAAGCAUUUUCAAUGGAAGGUUGACAGUGGAAGAAGAAAAUAAUCAGAUAGAAAGUGAAAAGGAAAAAAACCAAAGUGGAUGGACCUUUGAGGCGAUAAUAUUCGAGUCUGAACGCAAGUGUGCCUGAUUGAAACGCUCAUCUUCGGUAGAUCAAUAAUUUUGAUAAAUUCUUGACAAGUCAAUUGAUUCGUGUUUCACCAUAAAAUCAACAAUCUCGACGUCUAUUUGGCCUAUGCGUAUACAUGUAUAACUAUGACAAACUUACAAUAUUAAUAUGGCAAAAAAAAAUUCAUUUCGCACCCUUGAAGGCAUACGAUGGUGAGCGUGUGUGUGUGUGUGCGAGUGUGUCCAACGUCGCGACAAUACGGAGCUUAGAACAUGAGCGAUUGUCAACACAGAUUACAACGUUUUCUUUCGUUUUUUUUCUUUCUUUUAUUCAGUAACACUCGUUCAAUACUUAAUAAUUAGACAUCGGUAUAUAAUAUAUAUGUUUUCUCAAUAUACAUCUGAUUAAGUAUAUUUCUUCAUCAUUCAUUAUAUUUUCGUUUGCUCAUCUUCUCGUGUGUAUAUCCAAUCCGUUUCUCGUAUUAAACUCAAUACUUGAAAUGUUAAAAUUUCUCGUCUUAUCUUUUCUCUUUUUAUCGUCUUUUACCAUCAUCGUUAUUUCUUAAUCAUUUUGUUUUUUCAAACACCUGUAUUUAUUGAUGAUAAUGCUAGGUGUGUACAGAGGCCCUUAACAAACGUUUCUCCGAGAAUGAGUUUGUUCAUAAAAACCGAACGGAGGUGUAAGAGGACUUUGCCGAAAGUUUAAUCCUACAAUUUAAAAUACACAGCGUGUGCACUGCUGUCUAAGAUUUGUUAUUUUUUUCUCAUCAAUUUUUUUUCCCAUUUUCAUUUCAGUUAUAAAUUUGUAUCAUUAUUAAUUUCAGGUAUAUCGAAAAUACAGUAUUUCCUCUGCAACAUGAUUAAAUUUCGAAAACUCUCUCUCUCUUUGUGUUAUUUUCUUUUUCUCUCUUUUCGCGUUUAUUCUCCUAGAAAUAACGUUCGCUCGGGCGAUUUAAAGUAUUGUUGGAGUAAAGACACCGCUCGUGGGUGGCUCUAAUCGAAAAAAUGUGCAAUCCUUAUUAUCGUGUUUAAUAAGGCAUGAAAUUGUUGUCAAUGUCAACAUAUCGAAAGUGUGUUCCAACUACGCAGUUCGAACCGACUCCGCUUUAAUGUGUCGCGCAAUAUUUUAUUUAUCAUCAUCUUAUUUAUUCUACUCGAAAUACAGAUUCGUUUUUGUUGCUCUCCCGCUAAAUCUUCUUUUCGUAAAACCAACGCGAUCGAUUCGACAGCUCGGUUAAUUUGUACGAGCUUUGAAAAAACGAAAAAGAUGAGACAAAAGUGUGGCUCCGAUUCGUUUAUUACAGCGGACGAUUGUCUACGAUGGUUUUUGUUUUUUAUCGUGGAAAUUUUUAUUGCGAAAUAGGAAAAGACUGUUCAGGCUGACCGAUCGAAAUAAUCAUCAGCGUUACUUUGGUAGGAAAUGUAAACCACGUUGUUACUGUUAUUUUUCUUUGUUUCUUUGUUUAUAGAAUAAAAAUCGUCGUGCGUUAAUCCCAGAAAA